UUCAUUUCCCUAAAAUCUCCAGACUGAAUGACCUUUACCACAAAAUGGGGUUUUCAUUUAACUUCUCACUUCCCUGCGGCAAGUGCAACUGAACUGCCUACUGCGGGGUGCAUGAUCAGUUUAACUGGAACUUGGAAGACUUUGGACCAAGAGAAGCAAGGUAGCCACUACGGGCAGCCCGUGGUAGUAUAUGUACAUGUACGUCGAGUCGCAACUUCCGUGCUUUGAGUUGCAGCGUGACGAAAAAGCAACAGAGGUUGUGACAUCCCAAGGUCAGCAAUAAUAAUACGUCCCGGACCCUCACGUACAUCAUGCCUGCCACGCGUGAAACCACAAUAUAAACAACAGACGCCGAGCGUGCACAUAUAAGGCUGGUGACUCUACGGACUAUAGCGAAUACGAUAAGAUUUCUUGUGGGUACCAUACAGUAUGCUGACAGGCGAUCUUCGGAAAAUAUGGUCGACUCUACGCAUAUUGCGAACCUUUGCAGUUUAAACAACUGCUCCAUUGUUCCAUGUACUUGCUUAAAGACUUAUUUUUUGCACUCGGUAGUUCACUUAUAGAAGGAGUUUGUUCCUUAACUCAGGCCGCGGGAGAAGAGAAAAACGCGCGCUGAAGAUGGCCGUACACAUCGAUACAGGAGACAAGACAUUGGAUGAAAAGAUAGAACAGUGGCUGGAAUGGGAUAAGAACAUGGUAACAAGACAGGAAGUUGUUGAACUAGUCAGUAAUCACAGCACUAAGGAACUCCAUGAGCGAUUCGAUAAGAGGAUCUCUUUUGGCACAGCAGGGCUCCGAGCUGCUAUGGAGGCAGGACCUGCCAGAAUCAAUGACCUCACCAUAAUCCAAACUGCUCAGGGCCUGUUACGCUACCUGGAGUCAGUCAACCCAGAGUUCAAGUCUCAAGGCAUUGUGAUUGGCUACGAUGCUAGACACUGCAGUAGAAGAUACGCUGAUCUGACGGCAGCCAUUUUGUUGCACGAUGGAAUCCCAGUGUUCCUGUUCUCAAAGAUAGUCCCCACACCAUUUGUUGCAUAUGCAAUCAAGAAGUACAAAGCCGCGGCUGGGGUGAUGGUAACCCCCUCACACAACCCCAGGGGAGACAAUGGCUACAAAGUCUAUUGGAACAAUGGUGCCCAGAUCAUCACUCCACAUGACUCAGGAAUCUCCAAACACAUCAUGGCUAACCUGGAGCCCUGGCAGACAUCAUGGGAUACAUCCAUCAUCGAGACGAGCCCCCUGAAGAAAGACCCCUUGGAUGAGAUCAUGCAGCUCUAUCUGACAGACAUACAGAACAAGAUAUACGACAGAGACCUGAAUGUGAAAUGUCCUUGGAGAAUCACCUACACUGCCAUGCACGGUGUGGGCACAGACUUUGUCAAGAAAGCGUUUGAGGCAGUCGGCCUACCUCCAGUCAUUGAUGUUGUUGAACAGAACAGUCCUGAUCCAGAUUUCCCAACCGUCAAGUACCCCAAUCCUGAGGAAGGCAAGAGCGCCCUGGACCUGUCCAUUCGCACCGCCAAUGAGAACAACAGCAGCAUCAUCUUUGCCAAUGACCCGGAUGCGGACCGGUUUGCCCUGGCUGAGAAGCAGUCCAACGGCAGCUGGAAGAUCUUCACAGGCAAUGAGUUGGGAGCCCUGCUCGGCUGGUGGAUGUGGGUCUGUUACCAGAAGUUGCAUCCGGAGGCACAGAAUAACGGAACACAUCCAGAUGUUUACAUGCUUGCCAGUACAGUAUCCUCCAAGAUUCUGAAGUCAAUUGGCACCAAAGAAGGCUUCCAGUUUGUGGAAACGCUGACAGGGUUCAAGUGGAUGGGAAACAGAGCCGAUGAGCUGACAAAGCAAGGAAAGAUGGUGCUGUUUGCAUACGAAGAAGCCAUUGGUUUCAUGUGUGGCACAGAGGUAAUCGACAAGGAUGGGGUGAGUGCUGCAGCCCUGAUGGGCCAGCUGGCUGCCUAUCUGGCAUCCUCAAACAUAACUUUCACCGAGAAACUCCAGGAAAUCUACCAAACAUAUGGUUUGCACUGUUCCAAUAACUCCUACUACUUGUGCUUUAAACCUGAAACCAUGAGGAACAUAUUUGAGAGGAUUCGGACACUUAAUGAUGGAAAAUACCCAACUGCCUGUGGUCCCUACAAGAUAACCGGUAUUAGAGAUCUCACAACGGGAUAUGACAAUAAUCAACCUGAUAACAAAGCAAUCUUGCCAGUAAGUUCCACAAGCCAAAUGAUCACAUUUAACUUUGCCAACGGUUGCGUAGCCACCCUAAGAGCCAGUGGCACAGAGCCAAAGAUCAAAUACUACACAGAGAUUUUCGCUGAUCCAUCCAGUGACCCAGAGGCAGCCAAGGCUGAACUCCAGAGCCUAAUUGACAGCAUUGUGGACUUGUGGCUUCAACCUGAGAGCAACCAACUGGUACCCAAAGAGUGAACGUCAUCAGUGCUGCAUGCACGUACCUCCACUCACAUAAGCUUGCAAGCAUCCAUGCACAAGGGCGUCAAUCACUUCUUAAAGAAUGGAGGGGGGGCAUUGUGCGAUAUGAGACCAUUUCUCAGAUUAACCCUAUUUUCUCAGGUUUUCACAGAUUACUCAAUCUCUCCUUAUCCAUUUCUUUUUUAUCAUUUUUGAAAAUGGUUUUCAAAGUAUUUAGCUGUUAGGUACUGUACAACAAAAUGUAAGCCUACAAUUUUUCUUUGGCUACAAAAAAAGUGAGGGGGCUAACAAAGUGAUAUCCCCAGGGGUGGGAUUUCUCAGCUUUUUCUGUUUUGGAGUUCAGCUUUUUUUUCCGCCCUGGCUGUGUACAAAAGUAUAGGGGAUUUUCACAAUUCAGUGUCUUUAUGCCUUUUUCAGCUGUUUUCAGCUAUUUUUACCAUUGGUCAAUCUCACCCCUGUAUCCCUCAAAAAUGGGGGCAUAACCCGGCAUAUGUCCUCCCUGACCCACUUUGAUCAACACCCAUAUCCUUGUUUUGGUUAAGGUAGAAUUACGAGUUGGGGGUCAUGAAAUUCAUUGCCAAAUGUGAAAGGUAAUUUCUCUAAAACGAAAAUGUGUUGGUGUGCCAAGAUAGGUGUUGGGACACCUGACGCCAACAAAACCUAUGAGAAUCCAUUGGUGGUGUUGAGUUGUACAUCGAGACUGACAAAUGGCAAAGAUGACAUUCUGAAAGGAUACACUUGGAUUUGAAUUUUGAGAAUAGGGAAAUUGCUUUUGAAAAGCAACUCAUCCCUUACUAAGGGGCUGCCCACUUUCAUAUUUUUCCUAUCAUUUCACAAGCGUGCAAACCAUUGGGGGUCGGUCGUAAGGCAGCCAUGCAUGGUUUUCCUUUUCAGUUCUACUCUUGAAGGAAGGGGCUUAAACAAGAGUACCCUUUGUUCACUUGUGAAAUUGAUGCAGAAAUUCAAUGGCCUCUUGUAUGUCUCCAGAUGCACUUUUACACUGGUAUUCACUCGGUGGGAAACUUUUGUGUGAGUAAACACAGUUUGCUCCGUUCUCAUAAAAAGUACUUGAGAAUAAUCUAUUCUUGUUGAAUUUCAUGUUGGCAGUCUUUAAUGUGACCAAAAAAAAUGGAAUUGCCUUUGGCAUUUGACAAGUGGUUGUUUCAGUCAACAUGGACUCUUUCAGUAUUGGACACCUUUUUUUUCAUUUCACAUAUGCACGUUUUGCAAAGCCUUUGUUGUUUCUUGAGAUAGAGAUUUUCGUUCUGCAAUUUUUUUGUACUCAUCCUUUUAUUCAGAUUUGGACUUGAAAUGUUCAGCAGAUAAUGAUACAAGAAAUGGCAAUGUUUAAAAUAUCAACAGUAAGAAACACACUGGUGUGCUACACGGACAUAAUGUAGAUGAGCAUUCUAUCAUUCUAACAUUUAAUGUGUGAUUGAGUGUAUGUAAAUCAACCGAGUCUUUAAGAAAGGCCUGAACAUCACUUAUAGCAUUAGAAAUUCUGUACAAAGCUACAAACUGUAACAGCGUGUCCACCACACAAGUAUGGAGUACUGCACUGUUCUAUAAAGCGGCACGACCUUGUUUUUAACCCUGCUUCACCCAGACUUUCCAAAUCCAUCAGGAGGCUGUUCCAGAUUUUGAAAGAUUAACCACUUAACGCCAGUGGUAGUUACCAACGUUGAUGAUAUUUGGACGGGAUAAUUAUCAUUUUUUUCUGUUUUCAAAAUUCUUUGAAAAUUCUUUUCUUUAUUUACUGGACACUUAAAC